AGGGGAACAAGGCAGGAGUUCACUGCAGGACAGAACAGACACAACAGGGGACUGCAGACCAAAACAAGUGCAGAUCAUGACAGUUUCUGUCUUGGAACUCUGCUUGGAACUACCAAAUGAUUUGCAGCGAUAAUUUCCCUGCAGGCCAAUUGUGGAGCUCAACAGGCUUGCUGUGGGAAAAUGAAUGAAAGGAGAUAAUUUCCCAGCCUCUAUCGUCUAUCGUCCCUUCCAACACCACCAACCCCUCCCUCUCCUAUGGAUCUUUGGCCCUGUAAGACCCUCAUGGCAAAUUGCAGUAGUGUAUAGUCAGUGGAGGAAUGAGGCUGAAGGAAGCUGCAGGCAAACACUGCUGUGGAAAUACUCUGUGAGACCCCAAUUUCAGAGACUCGCAGUUCGCCCACUCCAGGCUGCAAGUGGAUGCAGGCAAAAGGCGCGGGUCCGUGGAUCAAAACCACCCGUCUUGGCGCGAUGUUCCCCCAGCAGGCCGACCCCGAGGCAGCGAACGACAGUUGCCCGGGAACCACAACCAUCGCCUGCAACGCCACUUCGGCGGAGGACGCGCUCCAGCUGCCCACUUUCUCCACGGCGGCCAAGGUGCGCGUCAUUAUUACUUUCAGCCUGUGCGUCGUGUCGGCUGUGUGCAACCUGCUGGUGCUGUGGGCGGCCAGCAAGGGCGGCAGGCGCAAGUCCCACGUCAGGAUUAUAAUCAUGAACUUGACUGUAGCGGAUCUGCUGGUCACGUUCAUCGUUAUGCCCGUGGACGCAGUGUGGAACAUCACUGUGCAGUGGCAGGCUGGAGACACCGCCUGCAGGCUGCUUAUGUUCCUCAAGCUGGUGGCCAUGUAUUCCUGCGCUUUUGUCACCGUGGUCAUCAGUCUGGACAGACAGUCGGCCAUUCUUAACCCACUGGGCAUCAGUGAGGCCAAAAAGAGGAGCAAGAUCAUGCUGACUGUGGCUUGGACCAUGAGUGUCAUCCUCGCUCUUCCUCAGAUGUUCAUAUUCCACAAUGUGACCAUCACCGUCCCGGAGAACUUCACCCAGUGUACCACCCAUGGCAGUUUUGUCCAGCACUGGCAGGAGACGGUCUACAACAUGUUCACUUUCGCGUGCCUCUUCCUCCUUCCUUUGGCCAUCAUGAUUUUCUGCUACACAAGAAUCCUCAUAGAGAUAUCUAGCAACUUGCUAUCCAGAGACGUUCAUCUCCGCCGGUCCCACAACAACAUCCCCAAAGCUCGAAUGAGGACUCUCAAGAUGAGUGUUGUCAUUGUGACUUCAUUCAUUAUUUGCUGGACCCCUUAUUACCUGCUGGGUCUGUGGUAUUGGUUAUUUCCUGAAAAAAUGGAGGAGACUGUUUCCCAUUCUCUCACUCACAUGCUGUUCAUCUUCGGCCUCUUUAACGCAUGUCUCGAUCCCAUCACUUAUGGUUUGUUCACCAUUCAUCUCCACCAGGGCCUGAAGAGAUAUUGCCGAGGCUCCAACACACAGAUCACUUCCGAAAACAACAACUGUCUCAUGCACAUGACUCGCCUGUCGUCCCGCAGGCACAUGGCCACAGGUGGCCAGCACAUGGACAUCGAGGAAAGAAGCGACGACAGCAGCACAAAAAGUGGCUUGAGGCCAGCAAUGCCUGUUAGCGAGGUCUAAUGGCUUAAAGGCCUCACAAUGACCACAGUCUCAGUCUUAUAAUCAGCAUGUUCAGCUUGGCAUUUCAAUUAAAAACACAGAGAACGCUCAAAUUUUUCAUUGCUCGUUUUCUGCCUGAACCACUCUAGUAAUCACGGUGUAUUAUUCUGCAGACAGACACAUGUGACAUUUGAAAAGAUUCCACAAACCACUGUCGAGUGAUGUGUGCCACUGCCCAUUUGAAAGUCCCCCAUCCCAAUCACUGGCAACCCCCUCCAUACCCCGCCCUCCAUGUGUAUGUACAUCACAUGGAGUCAUGUUCAUGUUACAGUUAUGGUACCUUGCGUCUUUAUACCACCUGAAACAUUAUUACCACACGUCAAAUGGAGUGCUACCUUUAAUGACAGUGACAGAUGAUUAACCAGAGUGUAAAACUAAACAUAUCUGUAUGUGUUGCUAUGGUAACUACAUCCUGGAAAGUCUGCAAGUCACCAACUAUCAUAUGCCCAGGCAACAGUUGCAAACGUCAGCAUCACAAGUGUAUGUCUAGCCUUGAUUUGGGUUGAAAUUUCAUUUCCAAAGGAAUUAACAAGAAUAUGUUUGUUACAAAAUUUGUAUGUCAGUUUAUACGUUAGACAACUUUGUUUAUGAAAAUGGACACGUGAAAUCUUAAUGUUUUGCAAAGUCGAUUGAAUGGAAUUCAACAUUCAAAUUCAAUGGAAAGUUCCAGUUACCACCAUUUGCUGUAUAAAUGCUUUUCCACUGCACAACGAUGCUCGACCUGUCUCGGUUUGGGACAGUCUGCUUCAAAAUAGUACAAAGCGGAAAACUGUGAAAACCAAGCCACACAGAACACAUCAGUUGGAAUGAAACACGCAAACAAAUACACACAGUUUUCGCUGGAACCACAAAAUCGACAGAAAUACACCUGAAUAGGUGCAGAUUCUGGAAGAACCAGAAAGCUUUCUGUGCAGGUUAUCGUGUGUAGCUGCUCUGAAGCAGUCUACAACUCAAUACAAAGGGGUGAAAAAUUAGCAUAAUAGGACCCCUUUAAGAAUACGACAAUCAACAAAUAUGCACAUUAUCACUCGGUAAUGUCAUCAAAACUUGUAUGCAUUCCCACAAAAUAUCAGUAUUAGAGACCAAAUAUGAGCUGAAGGAAAAACAAAAAUACAGUAUAGUCAUCUAUCUGUGCAGCGAAAAAACGCACUCACAAUGGUGUGUUCAAUGACCAUCGAACAAAGUAGGAUGGGUCACCACUCGCAACAAACAUAUACAUGCAAAAACUAUGGGAUAUAUACGUGACUGUAUAUUAUUUAAAUAAAACAAUGGCCCACAGAUCCAAAAUGGAUGUGCAUUUACAUAAAAUUCAAUGUAGUUAUUUACAAACGUGUGUGUAUUUUUUUUCUGCACCUGAAACCUUCCCACAGCCCUGUUCAGCCCUGCCCACGGCAGAGACUUGUGUAUGUAUGUGUAUCCUCAAAUGUUACAAUGACAACUCUUUCAAUAAUACCUCAUAGUUUGUAGUACGCAAACAGUAUUGAAAAUUUUAAGGCUUCUUUUCAGUGUUUUUUUCAAAUGUUUGUUUUCCAUGGUUUCCGAUGAUCAAUGCAUGUGUGCAAUAUGUUACAUUACCAAAAAGUGAAUGUCACAAUAUGAUCGUUAUUGAUCAUGUCAGCCUUUUUUUCCAAGAAAAUGUAAUGUAUUGAAUGUUGUUGAUGUGUUUUUGAUGAGUACUCGGAUAUUCCGACAUCAAUUGUGUGUAUCACCACAUUGUGUCAUAAAGGAAAAGUCAUCAUUUGUUGAUUCUAUCUUAUAUGUUCGAUGGGGUAUUGUGGAGUGAUUUGUGUUUAUUUCCGUGAUUAGAGUUUUUUAAAAGGUAUUUAUUUUAAACAGAAUAUCCUUGCUGUUGGAAUUAGUUUUGCUUUGUUUACAAUGUGUUUGCAUGCUCUUGGUUUUCUUUCAUAUUGUCAAUGAAGCUGUUGUAAUGUUGUUGUAAUGUGUUUAUUUAUUGAAUAAAAACAAUAUCUACCGA